AUAAGCAUAACUGAUAUCAAAGUGUAGGAACUUAUCUGAAUAGUGUAGUACAGCCUUUUUUAAUCUUCUGUACAUACGAUAACAUAUAUUUAACAAGAAACAAAACAAAUCAAACAUGUAUUCAAAUUAUGACAAAAAUACUCAGGAGGAAUGUGAUAAAAUAGCGGACAGAAAUCAUCCUAUGGAAAUAGGACUGAUGCUGGAAAAAGAAGACGAAGAUAAUUCGAAGACGGAUGAAAUGAUGAAGAACAAUGAUGUAGAAGGGCUGAAAGAGGAGAAAAAAACAAAAUGUUAUAAAAAAAUAAUUGGUCUGGGGCUUAUACUAACACUUAUUAAGAUUAUUCUUUCUUCUCUUUCGGACUUAUUGGUUAAAAAACUAGAUAAUGUGCAUCCUAUUACUCUUCUAUUUUACAGGAGUUUAGCAAUGUUAUCCCUAAUAUUUCCUAUCUCUAUUGGAACGAACAAACCUCCUUUUCCUGCCGACACCAAACCAAAGGAGAGAUUUUUGUUAGUGUUAAGAGGUGUUCUUGGUUGUGUUGGAGCAAUGGCUGUAUUCUAUGCAUUACAACAUAUGCCUUUAGGUGAUCAGAAGAUGAUAAUAUCCUGCCGUCCUGUUCUCUCCAUCAUUUCAGCAAGAAUAUUUCUGAAAGAACCCUGUGGAAAAUUCGAGAUCUUGGCAACCCUCCUUAUGAUGAGUGGUGUGGUUCUUGUAAUUCAACCAGAUUUCAUAUUUGGAACAAUGGGACUAGGAGUUGAGAGAGACAGUGAAUUUUUCCUUGCAGCCAUUCUACUUUUGGCCAGUACUAUUCUAACUGCUAAUGUGUCAAUAAUACUCAGAUACCUGAGGAAGGAAAAUAUUGUGAGUAUCAUCAUUUCCAGAGAACUCCAAUACACCAUCUUAACAUUCAUGGUAGUUAGCAUAGUAGGUUUACCACUAGCUACGUUAGACACCUGGGAUAAACUAAGGGUUUUGACUAUGGCCUGUGUGACUUUGUCCUGCUGUGUCUUGAAUAUAUUAGCGUUAAAGCUGGAGCAGGCAAACAAAAUAGUUCUCAUGGACAGAUCAUCAGCUAUCGUUGUUGCAUUUACAAUACAGAUCGUUGUUUUUGGUGACUACCCUGGACUUCUCACAUGUAUUGGAGUUGGACUAGCUAUGUGUGCCAUUUUCUUGCUUGGAGUUAAGAAGAUAUUUCUUUCAAAGAAGCCAAAGGAAGAUUCUGUCCCAAGCGCAUAACAACAUUAUUUUUUGUACGCGUGUACUACACUUCAAAAAUGUGUAUAAAAGGGGUGUUAAAAGAUGUAAAUUUCAGUUUUUGAUAAUAUGAGAGAUAAUUAUGAUAUACAGAAAAUAAACACUCCCUUGCAGUAAAUAUUCUGCAGUAUGGAAUUUUUCUGCAACUUAACAUCACUCUUCCAACUAUUUACAAUAACAACAUGGUUAAUUUAAUUCUGCCCUUUAUAUCAAUCAAUCAUCAUUUGGGAUCGUAUCUGAUGGAAUUAAAUGGACCUCUGAGUUGUUAAAUUGGGUGAAAUUUUGUAGCGGAAAAUAAGAAAUAACCUUUUAUCGCAAAUCAGUUCUACAUUUUUUAACUAUGAAGAAAUAAAUGUGAUGCCUUACAUGAUACCUUAUGCACAAUGUUAAAAUAAGUUAUUUUGUUUUAUAUGUUCCAAGUUCAAAGGAUGAAAGUUAGAUUGGUAUGGGUGCCAUUGGAAACUUUAUAGAAGGUAUUUGUGUACUUUUAUACUGAAUGGAAAUAAAACUUGUGCAGGAA